ACCUCACAAGCAAAAGGAUCUACAAAAUAAUAAAAAUGUGUGAUUUUAGCAUUGAAUAUAUACUGAAUCGUGCCGGCGAUAGAUAUAUCGGUACAAAUGCUUCCGUCGGUGUAAUCCAGCAUCUUCAGCGGGUUAGCCGGUUGCCAUAUCAUCAUCAUCAUCCUCAUCCCUAUGCCCGUCCAGCAAAUUAUGAGAGUGAUAGAUCACCACCAACUAGUGUUCCAGUUAAUACUGAUCCUCCGUCAGCUGGGCUCGAGGAUGGUCAGCUGCCCAUCAUGUACGAUUGGCUACAAUAUACACGCUACCAUCCGCCCAAGUUGCCACGUGCCAUGCGAACUGGAGGACCUGCCAAACGAACUCCUGGACGUCUGCCACGUAUUCCCUUUACACCCGCUCAGCUGCAGGCUUUGGAAUCGGCCUACAAGGACUCCAACUAUUUGAGCGCAGAAGAUGCAAAUAAGUUGGCCGAGUCCUUGGAUCUAACCAAUACGCGAGUGAAAAUCUGGUUCCAAAAUCGCCGUGCUCGCGAACGUCGAGAGAAACGGGAAAAGGAUGAAAGCUGCGACUCCACAUUCUCAUCCAAUGCAUCCAGUCCGGAACCGGAAAUGAUUGUCAUUGUUUAGAUGAAAAUUUAAACCAGAAGACUAUAACUUACUCUUUCUUUAAUGGCUGUUACUAAAUACAUAAAACGUGUGUCUUAAUGUACAAAUCAUUUAACUAGUUAUUAGCUAUUCUCAAUAUAUAAAAU